CCUUGAAUAGCUACCUCAAUUUGUGUUAAAUGCAGCGCCGUUUGAGCGAAUCCGUUUGUGUUGCCACUUUUGGAAACGAAAUAUUCAACGAGCAAUGUCCGCUGGAUGGUAAACCAAACGAAAAUUGGCAAGAAUUACAGCAAUUUUGGAACCCGAAAAUGAGGGUUCAAGAAUUCAAUAGACAGAACUCUAUACCUUGUGGUCUUGAAAAUCAUCUAAACAAUCAUUACAUUAAUGGAAUUCCAUGGGAAAUAAGUUCGAAGGAUCUAAAUGAAGACCUCAAGUCUGUUGUUGUGAGCGGUAAAGACAUCUGUGACAUCCCUACCUCGUAUGAAGCGAUUGGCUUCAAGCCAGAAGAGCUUAUUGUGAUCGGAACAUUCGUAGACAAAAAUAUCGUACCCGGCUUCAAAUACAAAGUAAGAAAAAAUCUCACAGAUGAGUACCUUUUUGACGGCAAAUCUCUUCACCUCGAAAGCAUCGGACUUGGUUACGGAAAAAGAUUGACAUUCCAAAGUGAAACUCUCAAUGAAAACAAAAACUUUUUUUGGUCAGACAGCCGCACGCACGGGUAUGGCUUCACAUUUCAGCCCAUAGAGCAAGACGAUAUUUUCAGGAUAAAAGACAUCUCCAAUGGACAGACAGUCGGGAAAGUCACUGUCAACAAUCCUUCAGUGGACAUAAAUCUUGAGUUAAGUACAGUAGUACAGGAACAUGGUGAAGUACAGAAAGAAGUACGAGUGCAAUUUUCGUGCGACGUUACGUUAAGUGAUAGCUGUAACAAGCAGAACAUUUUUGUUGAGAAUGUUACUGUAACUGGAGUGGCAAUUGUUACGAGGAAGGACACCGCAAGUAGAGCUAAAGUAGAGAAAAUUAUUGUUCAUGAUUUUAUCAUUGAAAAUUGCGAACUUCUUACUGAGGAAUGAAAUUAGAACAAUACAGUCAUCAUAAAAAAAACUAUUCAGCACACAAAAAUCAAUCAAGUACCUCAGUUAAUCAUUUAAACCAUAUUUAUGAAUUUAUGGUGUUUUUAAAAGAUAAACAAAAAAAUUCCGAAUUCAUAUGAACUAUAAGAGGAGCUGCAGUUUCUGACUAAAGGCAGCAGAAAGAAAUAAAACCAAGAGCAACUCACUUCCGUAAUAUAUAGCUUGCCCAAUGAGACAUCUGCCAUGGCUGUGAAAAAUUGAAAUGUUUUACCACUUUGGCUAAUUUCUUAAAUCACCGCAAGGUGGCUCACUAAGCUGUAGAAUUCGUUACUAUUCUGUAAUUCAAAAUUCGCAGACGAUUUUGAACAUUUUUUUUUUCGUUUUAAUUGUCUCAGUUCCGUACAAAAUACAAAAAUAAAGAAUUCGCAGUUCUAGAUUUUGAUGUAGCGCUUUGUGGUGAUUUAAGAAAUUAAUAAAAGAGGUAAAUUAUUUCACCUUUGCAAAGACAAGGCAGAUGUCUCAUUGGACAGCUCAUAUCCUACGUCAGUGGCUCGGUCUUGGUUUUACCUCUUUCAGCCACCAUUAACCAGAAACUGCAGCGCCCCCUGUACUUUAUUUGAAUUGGGAAUAUUGCUUUAAAAAAAAAAAGCGCCAUAGAUAACAUAGCAAUGCACUUUACUUCUCUCUUUCGCUUUUUCAUUUUCCCUAAGAUUUUAAAGAUAGUAAUAUUCGACAUAGUUGUGCUGCAUUUCCCUCAUAUCAUCAAAUUAUCAAAGCUAUCUCAUAAAGCAUAAAGCUAUUGCGUGUCUAAUAGAAGUUCACAGAAAUCUCAAGAAAAAUAUCAGUUUAACAGACUUGAAUGUCCUACUGAUGAUCUUUCCUCCUUACUUAAAAAAGAACUGAAUGAAAAAUCUUUAAAAAGAGCAUUAUAUAUUUUGACUUAAUGUUGGCAAUAAAUAUCGAUUAAAUAUUACUUAUGUUGGUGAGUUUCAACUUCAUUGAGAUAAAUGUAGUAUCUUAUGCAUACUUAUAUAUUGGCUUGUUUCGUAUUUAUCAGUAUUUUUGUUUUAGAGCUUACUUUAACUUUACACAGAGUAAAGUUAAAAAAAUUAUACAAUUCAUUGCUGCAUAGUUUUAGCCAAAAAUAUAUCAGUUAUGUAGUAUUUUCACUGUUUUUAAUGUACAUAUAUAU